AUGAGGAAAGUGCAAGAGCAACAAAGCAACACGGAUUUUAUUUCUGACUUUGCACGCGUCGAUUUGUACUUGUUUUACAAUAACAAUCAUGGAAUAGUAUGCCCGAUUUCUUUAUGUUGAAUAUGUCUUUGUGUUAUUGAAGCGUUUGAUUUUCAAUGAAAUAAUGGGAUUAAAAACAUCAGAUUAAUGCAUAUAACGUGUAAUAUGAAGUCCCUUACUAUAAUACUGCUGGUGAUAGGACUAGGAGGGCCUAUUGGUGCCGAAAAAGAAAAAAAGGAUAAUACAGAAUUAUCCCGCGCUUUAGAUGACCGGCCUCUGUUGUUUGCUACUUUAGGCGGUGGAAUGGUGGCGGUGGAACCUGUUUCAGGAAAUAUUAUAUGGAAGUUAAAAGAUGAACCUGUAGUGAAGGUGCCCAAUCAGCAUGCAAACCUUAUGCCACAAUUCCUGCCGGAUCCUCGCCAUGGGUCUCUGUACAUGUAUGGACCGAGAGGAGAUAAACAGAUGCUCAAGAAACUACCAUUUACUAUACCAGAGUUGGUGGCAAAUGCACCCUGCAGGUCCACAGAUGGAAUAUUGUACACGGGGAAGAAGAGUGACACAUGGUUCAUGCUGGAUCCUAUAACCGGUUCGAGAGAGCACAUUUCGGGUUUCGAUAAAUCAAAAAUAUUUAAGGGUGAUGAAGAUAAUACAUGCGAGCCGGACAAAAGGCGAGGUGUGUACGUAGCACGAACUGAGUACAACAUCCUGAUGCAUGACUCCAAGAACGAGAACCAAAGGUGGAAUGUCACAUUUUAUGAUUACACCUCGCAUGCUAUGGGCAAAGAGAUGUUGAACGAUUAUGGUAUAAUUCAUUUCACAUCAACUUCAAAUGGUCGAAUAAUGUCAUUCGACCGAAAAACUGGUGACUUAGUUUGGUCUCAUAAUUUGGAGACUCCAGUCGUGGCAGCCUAUUUGUUAGAUAGAGAGGGACUGAUCUCUGUCCCUUUCAAUUCCAUUGGCGAUGACACGUUAGAUCAUAUUAUGGAAGAUGCUACGACACUAAGAAAUGGACAAGGAAUUAAGAAUUCUAAUAUUGAAUUGUACCCUACUCUGUACAUAGGAGAGCACAACCAUGGUCUCUAUGCGCUCUCCUCUCUAGUAGACAAGAACACGGUCACCAUAUCAACUGGUUACACCCACCCUCUCCUACUCGAAGGACCAGUCGCUGAAAUACAAGCCAGUACAGAACCUCCGACUUACGAACCCUUUCCAAAUAUACACUACAAGCUCAGCGAUUUGAAUCUCCAUGUAUCUCCACCAUAUCUUUUACUAGGACAUUAUAAAGUGCCAGAGUUGAUCACGUCUUGGAUGCCUCAAUUACCAACAGCGAAUUUCCUAAAAGUACCAGAGCGUCAUAUUAAUGGAAUGAAGUUAAUAAACGGACGGAUGCACUCUGAGAGCGAAAAAGACGUGGAAAAUGAGACUAAUUUAAAAUCUAAUUCUGUAUCAGUGUCGGUACAGACUGAUGAGUUGUUUGAAGGCUUUGUAUUUAGACCGGAUGUGUGGUAUAAACAGGCUCAUGUGUGGAUUAAUCAGCAGGAGAACAAAGCUCUCAAAGUAGCGCUGAUUGUACUCAUGGGAUUGGUCGUCGCUAUGUUCUGGUACCUUCGAUAUCAGGCUAGAGAGUUUCAGCAACUAUCUCAAGGCGGUUCUCGUGGCUCCACAGUGUCAAAUGCGUCUUCUCAAGGCGAGGUGACGGGUCAGCUUAUGGAUUUAGGGGAUGGAGAAAUUCGUAUUGGGAAAAUAACUUUCCAUACAGAUCAAGUGUUGGGCAAGGGAUGUGAAGGAACGUUUGUUUACAGAGGUAUGUUCGACAAGCGCGCUGUGGCAGUAAAGCGGUUGUUACCCGAGUGCUUUACGUUCGCGGACCGCGAGGUGGCGCUGCUUAGAGAAUCGGAUGCGCACGCGCACGUUGUACGUUAUUAUUGCACAGAACGGGAUAAACAAUUCAGGUAUAUAGCGUUGGAGCUAUGUUCAGCGACUUUACAGGAUUAUGUUGAGAAGAAAUUAAAUUUCGAAUGUAAGAUAGAUGCUGUGGAAGUACUGCGUCAGGCAACGUUGGGACUGUCACAUCUGCAUUCUAUGGACAUAGUACACAGAGAUGUGAAACCUCACAAUGUGUUACUCUCAAUGCCGACGGGGUCAGGCGAGGUGCGCGCCAUGAUCUCGGACUUCGGCCUCUCCAAGAAGCUGAACAUCGGCCGAGUGAGCUUCUCGCGGCGCUCCGGCGUCACCGGCACUGACGGCUGGAUAGCACCGGAGAUGAUUAAUGGAGAGAGAACGACGACAUCUGUGGAUAUAUUCUCGCUGGGCUGCGUGUUCUACUACGUGCUGUCCGGUGGUCAGCAUCCCUUCGGAGACGUGCUGCGUCGACAGGCCAACAUACUCACAGCGGACUACAGCCUGCAACAUCUAGAUAAAACGUUGCCCGAGGAGGAACUAGUAGUGACAAAGAUCCUGAUCCGAGCGAUGAUCUCCAGCCGGCCGCAGCUGAGGCCGCCCUGCGAGACCGUGCUCAAGUAUCCCAUGUUCUGGGGCAAGCAGUCCAUACUCAACUUCUUGCAGGACGUGAGUGACCAAGUGGAGAGUUGUUCGUGCGCGGGCGCAGAGCACCCGCUGGAGAUGUGCGCGCGGCGCGUGGUGCGCGGCGACUGGCGCGCGCACGUCAGCGCACCGGUGGCGGGGGACCUGCGAGCGAGACGCACAUAUCGCGGCGAACGCGUCGCUCAUCUGCUGCGGGCUAUACGUAAUAAGAAACAUCACUACAGAGAGUUGGAUAGUGAAGUGCGUGAUAGCUUAGGGAAGUUACCGGACGGAUUUGUGACGUACUGGUUACGUAGGUUUCCAUUAUUAUUACCACAUGUGUGGGUACAAAUGCAACAGUUCAGACAAGAAGAUAUCCUACAGGCGUACUACCCGCACUCCUUCGCCUUCAACAGAGACGAUGUAUGCGAACUCACAGACGAUAUCGAACCACAAGAAAUAUCCGAUCCAGAUAAAAAUGAUCUGUUCAUAAAAAGUAGAAUAUAUUUCGAUGAAAAGAAAGAAGAAAGGUUUCAUAGAUAUAAAACGUCGCCGAAGAAAAUUGUCGAUUGGCGAAGCGAAUCGCCUAAUUUAAGGUUGCAAGAUGACGUUAGAUUACGAGAUAGGUUUUAUAAAAAGAAGGAAAAGAAGAAAGAGGAGUUGCCAAUAUGGACUUUACCACCACAGUGAUAAGGCACAAAUCAGAGUAAUAUAUUGUUGUUAUUAGAAACAAAGAAUUUAUUCGUAAGUAAGAUACUUAUAAAGAUUGUACAUACUUUUAUUAAUAUACAAAUAGUCAAUAUAAUGUACAGUUUGAAUAAACAUUUACUAGCAGUUUUUCAUAAGCUAUAUAAGAAUAUUGUAAUGAUUUAGGAUAGUGUGUUUUAAUAUCUUGUUAUUAUUUUUUAUUUAACACUAAAUUACUAUUUUCUCAAUUUCAAAAUGAAUAUUCCGUUAUGUUAAUUUAUUUAAGUGGUUUUUUACUU